AUGUCUGCAGAAAAGCCAGAUUUCCUCAAGAGUAUUCUUGACUCGGCCCCGCUGCAUCCGGAUGAUAAAAGACACCUGACCUUUAACGCUCAUGAAGGAAUUGCUUUCUGCAUUGAGCUGUCCAGUUCUAUGUAUGACCCAUGUAAAGAACUGGAUGGCAAACCACAGCUACUUGAGAUCCUUGAAUCCCUAUUCGAGCUCAUGGAGCAGCUGGUAGCUGUGAUGCCAGAUACAGGUGUUGGUUGCUAUUUCUUCCACUGCGCACAUUCAGAAUCGAAACAGGGAAUCUACGAGUUAUUCCCUCUAAGGGACAUUAAUGUCAAGAAUAUGAAGAAGCUCUAUAAAAUGCUUGAAUCACUUAGACUUGGAUACAGCUCAUUGGAGAAGGAAUUGCCAUUUGAUGACACUCUGCCUUCUACUUUAGAUGCUGUAUUUUCCCAAGUGAGAGACCAAUUUCUCCUAGACCUCCCUGGUCAACGCAUGUACACCAAUAAAAAGCUAUUUCUGUUCACCGAUAAUGACAAACCAACCGACUCCAAGGACUUAGAAUCCCGUACCCGUCUUAGAAAGGUUGUGGAUGACCUUAACGACUACUAUAUUAAUUUUACCACAUUUUUUAUAGGAUCUGAACAUCCCUUCGACGAAUCUUUUUAUGCUGACAUACUGAAGCUCGGCUCAACCACAAUUCCGGACUAUACUGGACCCAGCACGCUUCCUAUUUCAGCUAGCUACAUUCGAUCUAAGGUUCUAAGGAAGAAAGAAGUAAAACGUCUCAGAUAUAGCUGUAUGCUGACACUUAACGAGGAAGCGGGCUUCCAUGUGGCCGUUAAAGGCUAUGCUUUAGUGUCUAACGAACGUCCUGGAGCUCGUUAUAGGUACGUAUACCAAUUCGAGCAUGUCCAGAAGGAAGCCUUCUCUCGUAGGUCCUACCUUGACCCUCUGACGGCACAGGAAUUGAAACCAGACGACCUAAAAAGAGCCUACCAGAUUGGUGACGACUAUCUAGAGUUCUCAGAAAAAGACCAGCGCUUGAUGGCAAGCAGCUAUUCCCCCACAGAACUGCCGUUUCUCAACCUACUUGGUUUCUGCUUAGCCGCGGAGGCUGUCCACCUAUAUGAUAAUAUACAGCACGUGACUUUUGUGACUCCAAACGAUUCCGUGUAUGAAGGGUCUUCCGCAGCACUAUCCGCCCUAUACAGAUCUCUCCUAAAGAAGCAGCUUGUUGGCAUAAUAUGGGGUAAGCUUCGCACGACCUCCAUGCCUGCCCUGUUUGCAUUUGUCCCAGUGCAGCCAAGAGAAGGAAACAAGCAAACAACUCGUUUUAGCGAGGGUUUUUAUCUCAUACGCUUGCCAUUUCAGGAGGAACUCCGAAAGUUCCCAACACCAGUGCAAACGUCAUCAUCAACUCUACUCCACAGCCAGGACUAUCCUGUUUUUCGUAAAAUUUCGAUGCGAAUCAUUGAUCACCUCGUGCUCAGCUCCUCCUACGUACCUGCACAAUUCAAAAACCCCGCCAUAGCAGCCCACUUCCGCGUGCUGGCAGAGCAUCUAUUUGAAGAAGCAUCGGAGGAUAGUGUGAAAGAUGGACAUAAACGUAACCUUGAGAAGAUACAGGAACUUGAUAAUACUGUUACACGUUUACAGGCACUUCGGAAUAGAGUAAUGGCAGACGCGGAAUCUGCACUAGCAAGAUAUUUGAAGCAUUGGAAUGCCUUCUACAACCGGCAGGGCAAACAGCCCGGUGGCUCUUCUUCAGGAUCUUCAAGUGCGCGAUACACUAAACGGAAGAAGCCAUGA